UGUACUGUGUUUCUAUGUUUUUUUUUUUUCCCUUUAAAAUUCUUGGCAAUCAAAUGUUAUCAUUUACCAGUCCAGUCUGUAUUGUGUUCUGAUUUUGUAUCUGGGAUUAAAUGAGACCAGAAAUGUAGCUUAGACACUGAGAAUGCAGAAACUAACAUGGCAGACUAGAAACAGACAAUUAAUUGAUAAAAGAGCUCUUAAUUUGACAAUUGCAAGUGUGAGAUAAUGACUUGCUAAUCAUAUAAUGUUCUCAAUAAUCAUAAUAGGUUUUAUUUUUGAAUCUGUUGUAAAUAUGCUUCCCUUGAGCGUUAUUUGGUUUUGAUUUGCAUUAAUGCAAUAAGUGAAUGAUUUAGAGGGGGUUUUGUUAAUAGUAGAUCAGAAUUUUUUGGGGGUUGUAAUUUAGGAGACAGGAAAGACAGCAAGCUCAGAGAGCUUUGUGGUUCAGUCCCCACAAAGCCCACAGUGGCAGGACCGAACCAAAACCAGGAGCGAGGAACCUGAUGCAGGUCUCCUAAAUGUAUGGCAGGGACCCAACUACUUGAGACAUCACCUGCUAGCAACCUGCUAGUGUCCGGGCACAGUUUACUGUUUACCAACAGCGUGCCGGCACCACCCACCGAGGGCUGCUGCAGCUCGGUGUUUGGUGCCUGGGCGUUCUCUCUCAGGCGGCGCCAUGCCAACGGUGCUGGGGUUUGAAGGCAGCGCCAACAAGAUUGGCGUGGGAGUGGUGCGGGAUGGCAAGGUGUUGGCCAACCCGCGGCGGACCUAUGUCAGGCCUCCGGGCACAGGAUUCCUUCCAGGUGACACUGCCAGGCACCACUGAGUUGUUAUCCUAGAUCUGCUACAGGAGGCGCUGACCAAGGCAGGAUUAACCUCCCAGGAUAUUGAGUGCGUUGCCUACACCAAGGGUCCUGGCAUGGGUGCUCCACUGGUUUCUGUGGCUGUCGUGGCUCGUACUGUGGCCCAGCUGUGGAAUAAGCCAUUGCUAGGCGUGAACCACUGUAAAGGCCACAUUGAGAUGGGCCGUCUCAUCACUGGAGCCACCAGCCCAACUGUGCUGUAUGUCAGCGGGGGAAACACACAGGUGAUUGCGUACUCAGAACAUCUUUACCGCAUCUUUGGGGAGACCAUCGAUAUUGCUGUGGGUAACUGUCUGGAUCGUUUUGCCCGAGUGCUCAAGAUUUCUAAUGACCCAAGUCCUGGCUACAACAUUGAACAGAUGGCAAAGAGAGGCAAGAAACUGGUCGAGCUGCCCUACACUGUAAAGGGGAUGGAUGUCUCAUUCUCAGGGAUUCUGUCUUUUAUUGAGGAUGCAGCUCAGCGGCUGCUGACCACAGGCGAGUGUACUCCUGAGGAUCUGUGUUUCUCCUUGCAGGAAACCAUGUUUGCAAUGCUGGUAGAGAUCACGGAGCGAGCUAUGGCGCACUGUGGCUCCCAGGAGGCCAUCAUUGUGGGAGGUGUGGGGUGUAACAUGAGGCUACAGGAGAUGAUGGAGAUAAUGUGCCAGGAACGCGGAGCUAAGCUUUUUGCCACAGAUGAGAGAUUCUGCAUUGAUAAUGGAGCCAUGAUAGCCCAGGCCGGCUGGCAGAUGUUCCAGGCCGGACACAGAACCCCACUCCGUGAUUCUGGGAUUACACAGAGGUAUUGGACAGAUGAAGUAGAAGUGACCUGGAGGGACUACAAGAUGAACAGGAUCAGAGUAGAUAGUUUCCUAAGGGGAACCCACAGGAACCUGGGCCUUACUCUCCCUGACAUGGGAGUCAUGGCAAGGCUAUGGACUCCUGUCCCUCUGGCAAAGUUGGGGCCUGCAAGCAUGGUUGGGAGCCCCUGUGGAACCUUAGGAUGGCUCACAAUAAAGAAUUUUUGAUUAAAAAAAAAAAAUUCCAGCGACAGGAAGCUGGAAUUGGAAGCAAAGCCAGGACUGGAACCCAGGCACUCCAACAUGGGGUGUGAGUGCCUUGGCUGCUGGUGCUUAGCUGUGGGUGCAUUAUGCUGAACACCCAUCACUAGAUCAGAAUCUUUAUCUAGGUUUCAUAGUAAGUACUUUGAGUUGGGAUAAUAGGGUAGCCUGGGAUUAUGACUGAUAUGUACCUCACUUUUCUGGACUUGAAGUUCCUCAUUUUCAAAAUGAAGGGCGUGGACUGGAAGACUUUCAAAUUUCCUUUGAAUUAUGCAAAUUAUUUUUAGGUUUCUUGUUAGCUUAAUCCUCUAUGAGGCAGGAACUAUUUCUGUUUUAUUCAGAGUAUCCAGCACAUGAUAUAUAAAUAUUUAAAUGGAAUAGUAUCAUUUCAGUUAUCUCAGUAAUUGGCUCAUUUUUGCAGAAUAGUUUCCAAAUGGCUUAAAUUAUUUGAUAAUUAUCUUGUAGUUAGUUUUAAAUUCAUUCUGAUUGCUGUAAAAUUUCAAAAUCUGUUUUUUAAAGGUCAUUCAUUGAGCAAGCAUUAAUUGCGCACUUAGUAGAUGCAGAACACUGUAGUAUUAUGAAGAUAGUAAUGGACAUCUAUUGAAUACGUACUAAUAUCAUUUUAUAUUUUAAGAAGUUUAUGUCUAAUAACUACCUUUGAUCUCCCAGUCAACCCUAUGGGUAGACACUAUUCUCUAUGUUUCUAUGAGCCAGAAACCAAGGUUCAGAGAGAUGAAGUAAUAAAAUGGCUAAGAUUUGAAGCUCUGCAGUCUGGCCUCAGAGCUCUUCAUUCGCUAGGUUUCUUUGAGAAAAAUGAACUCUUGAGGCUGGCGCUGUGGUACAGUAGGUUAAUCCUCCACCUGCGCUGGGAUCCCAUAUGGGACAUUUUAGUCUUGGCUGCUCCUCUUCCAAUCCAGCUCUCUGCUGUGCCCUGGGAAAGCAGUAGAAGAUCACCCAAGUCCUUGGACCUCUGCACCCACGUGGGAGACCUGGAGGAAGCUCCUUGGCCCCUGGCUUUGGAUCGGUCCAACUCUGACCAUUGCGGCCAUUUGGGGAGUGAACCUGCCAAAGAAAAUACAAAGUUGUAGUUAGUGCCCUUACCUUAUAUCUGUUAAAUACAAAUGUAGCAUCAGUAAUUAGGGAGGGGAAACAUCUUUGUUAAUGGCUUUUAUCCACUUUAUAAAAACUUUUAUUAUUAUAGAAUUAUUUAUCCAGCAAUUGUAAGUUCUAUUUUGUUUUUCUGUUCUUCAGAGUUACUAGUGCUUUCUUUAUUUUCAGAGAAUAACCAGGUAGCUUAGCUAGUGUAUCAUGUUUUUUCUUGGUACUUUGAUACUUUUUUCUUGAUAUUUUGACUCAUUCUUAGUAUGUGGUUUUCUCAUUCCCAUCUCUUCUUUCUCAUUUUUUGAUUAGUGAAAUUCAUGCUUUGCAUUUGAUGGUCUCCUAUUUGCUGACUCUCAAAAGAAGUGAAAAAAUUAAAUUUUUAAAAUAUUUUAAAGGGAGGGAGGGAGAAACAGUGAUCUUUCAUAUGCUGGUUCAUUCCCCAAAUGCCUUCAUUGCCUGGGGUUAGGUAAGUAAGAAGCCAGGAGCCCACAUCUCAAAAGGAGUCUCCCACAUCGGGGCAAUGACACAAGUACUUGAACUAUCAUCUACCACCUCCCUUGGUGCACAUUAGCAGGACGCUGGAAUAUAAAGCAAAGUUUAGAAGCUAGGCACUCUGAUGUGAAAAAUGGGCAUCGUAAGUGACUUCCUUACUAUUGCGCACCAUUUUUUAAAGCAACUUUUCCCCAAUGAACUUUUUUUAAGAUUUAUUUAUUUGAAAGACAGAGUUACAGAGAGAGGUAGAGACAGAGAGAGAGAGGUCUUCCAACCACUGGUUCACUCCCCAGGUGGCUGCAACAAACAGAGCUGUGCUGAUCCGAAGCCAGGAGCUUCUUCUGGGUCUCCCAUGUGGGUGCAGGAACCCAAGGACUUGGGCCAUCUUCUGCUGCUUUUCCAGGCCAUAGCAGAGAGCUGGAUCAGAAGAGGAGCAGCUGGGACUAGAACUGGUGCCCAUAUGGGAUGCCGGCGCUUCAGGCCAGGGCUUUAACCCGCUGUGCCACAGCACCGGCCCCAUGAACUUUUCUUUAGGUACUUAAAGAUUAGUGCCAAUAUUUAACAGUUACGACUUGAUGCCACAGUUGUAGAUCUAGUCAUGUUAAAGAUAUGCCACUUGGCUCUAAUCUAUUCUACUUUUAUUAGGUAGAGUAAGUGUGUGAAUUCACAUUGUUUUCUAUGAUGAUUUGUACUGUAUCCUAGCUUUUAUACUGUGCAUUUUAUUCCUUUUUUUUUUUUACGAUUUUAUUUAUUUAUUUAAAAGAGUUACACAGAGAAAGAAGGAGAGGCAGAGAGAGAGAGAGAGAGAGAGGGAGAGAGGUCUUUCAUCUGCUGGUUCAGUCCCCAGUUGGCCGUAACGGCCAGAGCUGUGCAGAUUCAAAGCCAGGAGCCAGGAACUUCUUCCGGGUCUCCCACAGGGUAUAGGGGCCCAAGGUCUUGAGCCAUCUUCUACUGCUUUCCCAGGCCAGAGGCUGGAUCCUGAGUGGAGCAGCUGUGACAUGAACUGGCUGCCCAUUUGGGAUGCUGACACUGCAGGCAGAGGCUUUUACCCACUACGCCACAGCUCUGGCCCUGCAUUUUAUUCUUAAAUGAGUAUCUGUGCAUUGCCUAUAAGUUUCUGCAUUUCCUCCUUAAAUAUUUUAAAGCUGCUGCACUCAUUAUGAACUUGGUUGCAAUGUAUGAUUAUGUGGAAACUGUGUGUAUCAUCAGUGAUUGCCAGUAUUUUUCUGAAGAACAGAAGGUAGCCAGGCUGUUCUGUGAGCAGCCAGUCAACGCUGCUUUCUUUUUGUCUUAGUUACCAUCUUAGCUUAUUAUUACCUUUAUUAUAUCCUCUCUGUCUUAUCAUGGCUGGUGUAUAUUAUAAUGCCUGAGAUGUUUCUCUUAACUUUUCUUCAACAUACAGCAUUACUAAUAAUUUUAGCUAGAAGAUUUUCUUCUUUUUUUUUGUGAAAUAAUUUUUUAGCUAAACAAGGACCUUAAAACAUAGCUAAAGGCUCUCUAAAAAAAUUUUCUGUAGUUGGCCAGUAGAAAGUGUUAUACAGAAAGUCUGCCAAUCAAAAAUAAAACAUACAAACUGACACUAGUGUGAACAAUUAUUCUUUAUUUUAUACAACAUAUAAACUUUUUUUAAAAUUGGUAGUAAAGACCAGGCAUCACAACAGUUAGUGUUUGAGUGUAUUUCAUAACUUUUUCCCAUUCUCUAAUGAUUAAUCUCUUUAUGUGUUUGACAAGUGUCUAAGUUGAACUCUACUUUUGCCUCAUUCCUAUUUUCUAAUUAUGUUCAUCUUAGAACUUUGUAUUCUUCGUUGAGCCUUAACUGUAUUUACUUACUCAUUAAGCCCAUAGUACAUGCCUGACAAUUGUAGGUGCUGGAGAGUAACAAGCAGAACAGAAGAGAUUGCUUUACAGCUUUCAGUCGGUGAAGGCCAGACCAAUAGUCAGUCAAUAAAUAUAACAAGGUAGAAAUUUUGAGGUUGUUGAGAUCUGGAUGAGGAGCCUAUCAGGUGAGGAGCCACAGGGAGACCAUCUAGAGAGAAACAAGCAGAAAAUGCAGAGACUCUCAGACAGGGAUAAAGUUGCUUUAUUUGGCUGAAGUGUGAUAAUGAGGGUUUUGUUUUGGUAAAAGCUAGAUCCAGAGAGUGACAGGGGUUAGAUGGUGUAUCACUUUUGGGUUAUGUAAAUGAGUUUCUCCUUCUGCAAUGGGAAGUUAAUACAAAUAAAAAUAAUGAUAAUUUGGACUAAAGUAGAGCUGGUUGAGAGGAAUGAUUAAGAAUGGCAUAUUUUUGGAGGGAGAACUGUUUAGAUGUACUAAGAGGUGGUGAGUGAAAAUGAAACUUAGAGCACUGAUGCAUGGGGUUGUAUACACCUGAGAAAAAUAGGGAAGUGCAGAGGACUAAUGACAUGUAUGCACGUAGGCAAGUGGAGAAGUCGAGAUGGAGCUGAAGUCUCCAAGGAGAGCUUAGUACUGGAGAGAAUACUUGAAGGUCAAAAUGGAUGAUAUUUGGAGUAAUGGACUGAUCAGUAGCUGGAGAGACUGAGCAUUUAGGAAAAAUUUGACAAUGGAUUACGGACUGAAGUGCUCCAUUAUGUAGAGGCCAACUAAAGGGGAGAAGCUGUAAACUGAGAGAUAGGAAGGAAAACUGAAGAGAAAUUCAGAAGAAGAGUAUGUUUCAGGAAGAGAGAAUGAUAGCUCUUUUUGAUUGAUGUUAAGAGGUGAAGUUAGAGGACAAGAAAAGAGAGCCUUGGCUUUGGCCAUUGGUGGGUAUGAAGAGUAAUUUCAUUGGGGCAGUAGAGUAGUCAGAUUGGAGUGGGUUAAAUGUUAAAGAGAGAUGAGAGAGUAGUGGUAGAGAAUGCUGACAACUUUUCAGGAAGUUUUGUCCUCUAGGGGAUUAAGAAGUGGUGUUUAUGGGGAUAUUUUUUAUGUGUGCUUAUGCGUGAGGUUACUAGAGUUUGCAUACUUUAGAAUUCAAUAGAGUAGAGAAAUUUUUGAGUGAGGAGAAAAAUACCAUUGCAGGUGUAAUGUCCUUGAGAAGGCAAAGGAGUUUGAUUUCUAAAAGUGAAAGAACUGGAACAUAAAUAGGAGUAUGGGCACUUUGGAGGAAGGAAGACUUAGGAUACAGAUUGAGCUGGGUUUCAAAUUUAGUAGGGAGUUGAGUGAGCCUCUGUGUUUUGGCUUCAAAUUAUUUUAGAGUAUCUAAGCCAGUGUUUCUCAAUCACUGACAUCUUACAAUGAAUAAUUCUUGGUUAGAGGGGACUGUCCUAUGCAUUGUAGGUGUUCAACAACAUCUUUGGCCUCUAUUUGCUAGAUUCUUGCAGCACUCUGCCUACUCCCCAUUCCCUGACCAAUUCUCUAGACAUUGCCAGAUGUCCCACGGGAAACAAAUUGGCUACUGAAUAACAGUCAUUGAUCUAAGGUGAGAUUAUCAGGUAAAAGUGAGGAGAGUCAUGUUGGAGCUUAUGUUCCACAGAGGGUCUUAAAAACUCAUCAAUCUUGGCUGGCGCUGCGGCUCACUAGGCUAAUCCUCCGCCUUGCGGCGCCAGCACACCGGGUUCUAGUCCCGGUCAGGGCUCCGGAUUCUGUCCCGGUUGCCCCUCUUCCAGGCCAGCUCUCUGCUGUGGCCAGGGAGUGCAGUGGACGAUGGCCCAAGUCCUUGGGCCCUGCACCCCAUGGGAGACCAGGAGAAGCACCUGGCUCCUGCCAUCGGAUCAGCGCGGUGUGCCGGCCGCAGCACGCCGGCCGCGGCAGCCAUUGGAGGGUGAACCAACGGCAAAGGAAGACCUUUCUCUCUGUCUCUCUCUCUCUCACUGUCCACUCUGCCUGUCAAAAAAAAAAAAAAAAAAAAAAAACAUCAAUCUUGAAGAAUGAGAAAGGGAAAUUACACAUGUGACCCACUAUAUCUUUGUUCAGUGGAAUGCAUAUCUUUUCCCUUUCUUGUGAAAUAUGCUUUAUUUAAUACCUUUUUAAAAUAGUCUUUCUCAUAUUCCUUUGUGUUUUGAAUGACUGAAGUUCCUUUUAGUUUCUGGGGUGGAAGAUGAUAGUUUAUAAAACAUACCAAGGGCAUACAUAGUACUUCUCAAAAUGUAGAAUAAGAAAAGUUUCAUAAAAUAAGCUCUCUUGACAUGACAUCAGAUAUUUUGGAGGGAAUAGAAUGUAUAAAAGUCCAAAAUACUAAUAGUACUUGAAUGAUGUACAUUUUACACAUAUUUGUAGCUUUAAAAUUGUAGCAGUUAUAUUUUCUUAUUACCAUAAGAACUGGUUAGACAAAAAAAAUCUUGUUGAAUAAAAGAUGUUACAUUUCAGUGAUUCUUGAGACUUAAAUGAUCUCGGAUUAAGAAAAAAAAGAUUUUACUGCAAUCUAGGUUUUUCUUUUUUUAAGGUUUAUUUACUUAUUUGAAAGUCAGAGUUACAGAGAGAGAGAGAGGGAGAGAGAGCUCUUCCAAACUCUGGUUCACUCCCCAAAUGCUCACAACAGCCAGGACUAAGCCAGACUAAAGCCAGGAGCCAGGAGCUUCUUCUGGGUCUCCCAGGAGGAUGCAGGGGACCUGGGCCAUCCUCUUUGUUUUCCCGGACACAUUAGCAGGGAGCUAGAGUGGAGGUGGAGCAGUCUGGACUUGAAUCAGCUCCCAUAUGUGAUGCCAGCGUUGCAGGCGGUGGCUUAACCAGUCAUGCCACAAUACUGGCCCCAGAUUUCUGUCUUUAAUUUUGUUUACCAAGAUUGGGCUCUUAUCUGAUUUUAAAGUUUAACACUUAAGAAAAAAAUUGAGAUGCAAAAAUAGAGGUACACACACACACACACACACAUACACACUCACAGAGAGAUAGCUUCCAUCUUCUGGUUCACUCCCCAAAUGCCUACAAGAGUUGGAGCUGGACGAAAGUGAAGCUAGGAACCCAGAACUCAAUCCUAGUCUCCCACAUGAGUGGCAGGGACCCAAAUACUUGAGCCAUCAUCUGUUGCCUCCAGGGUGCGCAUUUAACAGGAAACUGGAAUCAGAAACUGAGCCAGGACUUGAGCCCAGGCAGGUUUAAGUUUUCUAAAAGAUGAAUUGGUUAAUUUGCAAGGCAGAGCAAUAGAGAGAGGGGAGACAGAGAUCUCCCAUCUGCUGGUUCACUCAAAAAGUGGCUGCAGCAGCCAGGGCUGGGCCAGGCUGAAGCCAGGAGCCAGGAACUCCAUCCUGGUCCCCAACAUGAGUGGAAGAGACCUAAGUACUUGGAACAUUUUCUGAAGCCUUCCCAUUUACAUUAGCAUAAGCUGGACCAGGAGUACAGUUGCAGGGACUCUAACCAACACUCCAAUAUGGGAUGCUGGUGUCACAAACCGCAGCUUAACCAGCUGUGCCACAGUGUUGGCCCUCGUCUCAUUUUUAAUGUCUGCAAUGUAUUCUAUGUUGAGUGUAUAGCAAUACACUUUAACAUUUCUGCUCUGGAAAUUGAGAUUAUCACCGAUUCCUUGUUUGUUUUUUCUUUUUAGAGAUAUUCUAAACAACAUUCUCGUGAAUACUGUUUGGCAAAAGGCUCUUCAGAAAACCAAAUAAAUAUUACUUGAUUCAGGUUUGAAUUUACUGAGAUAAGGUCAGCAAAUGUGUAGGUUCUUUUAUAAUUCAACAUUAUGAACAGAUAAGCUCUCUCAAAGUGCAGCGGCCUUAGCACAGGUGCCUCAACUUCAUCUUCUUUCUUAUAGGGUCAGCAGAAGGGUGGUCUUGCAGGUAGACAAACGCUGUGGACUUGGAUGUCAAGUAAUUGCAGCUGAGGAGAUACAGGCUAUUCAUGGAGUGCUAGAAUAGUCUGGUUGCUAAACACCUGGGGAUACUUUGGCUUCCUUGGUCUCAUGAGUAAUUGAAAUUGCGAGUAUCUUUUCCAACGUGGGAAAGGGAGACCACAUUUGGACUCUCUUAGUGGGAGCAGCCCAGGAAGAAUCCUGAGGUCAUUUGUUGGACAAUAUUGCUUGGCUUUAAAAAAAUGUAUCUUUAGGGGCAGGCAUUUGGCUUGGAGCAGGGGAUGGGAAAUCUUUUUUUAUGCAAAGGACCAUUUGGAUAUUUAUAACAUUAUUUAUUCAUGGGCUAUAAAAAGUUACCAGCUUAAAAAUUAGCCUGCUAUAGAUUUUUUGAAUUUCGAGUCCCAGAGGCGAUUGCCUUGACAGGGUCAGACCCAGUGAUUACAUGGGCCUUAUGUACCCGUGGGCCAGACAUUCCCCACUGUUGGCCUAGUGGUUAAAAUCCUACUGGGAUGUCCAUGUCCCAUUUUAGAGUGUCUGGGUUUUAGUACCUGCUCUGCCUCCAAUUCCAGCUUCUGAUAAUGUGUACCCUGGGAGGGAACAGGUGAUGGCUUAAGCAUUUGGGUUCUUCCCACCCAUGUGGGAGACUUGAAUUGAGUUCUUGGCUCCUGGGUUCAGCCCUGACCAAGCCUGGCUAUUGUCAUUUGGGGAUGCAGCAGUGGAUCAGAGGAACUCUUUCUAUUUGCCUGUCUCUGUCUCUCUGCCUUUCAAAUAAAUAAGUAAGUAAAGAAAUAUUGUUCAAGCCGGCACCGUGGCUCAAUAGGCUAAUCCUCCACCUUGCAGCGCCGGCACACCGGGUUCUAGUCCCGGUUGGGGCGCCGGAUUCUGUCCCGGUUGCCCCUCUUCCAGGCCAGCUCUCUGCUAUGGCCAGGGAGUGCAGCGGAGGAUGGCCCAGGUGCUUGGGCCCUGCACCCCAUGGGAGACCAGGAAAAAGCACCUGGAUCCUGGCUCCUGCCAUCGGAUCAGCGCGGUGCGCCGGCUGCAGCGGCGGCCAUUGGAGGGUGAACCAACGGCAAGGGAAGACCUUUCUCUCUGUCUCUCUCUCUCACUGUCCACUCUGCCUAUCAAAAAAAAAAAAAUAAAUAAAUAAAUAUAAUAGGGAUGCAAUUUGGAAGGUAGCAUACAAGAAAAUGAAAUAUGCUAAGGCUCUUUUUUGUUGUUUUUAGUGAUAUUUAUUAGCUCUGAAUGAUAGAAAAAUAUUUUUGAACAUUUUUGUUAAUCAUGUAAAGGUAACCACAAAAAAGUAGAAACAUAAUUUAUUUGUAAAAUAGCAGAGGAACAAUAGAAUUAAGAAAAAUUGAUCAGUCCAACAGAAGGUGGGCAGGGAGAUCACAACCUAGAAAACACGUUAAGAAAGAAAAUAAUAAUUCCAAACAUCCAAAAUAACGAUAAAUGGAAAUGCCUAAAAUUCAAUGGUUAAAAAUUAAAAAUUUUCAUAUUGAUUAAAAAAAUCUAAUUCCAGUAAUUUUUAUAAGA